CAGGGGGCAUUCACAUACAUGCAUACGUCUCACAUCAAUAAUAAUAAUAAUGCAUUUCAGGAAAGCUCGCCGCGAAAAGGCUCGAUCUUUGCUUCCACAGCUCCCCGUGAACGCAAACGCGACCGUGGCGUGAUGGAGAUGUGCGUGUAGGUUCAUGUGUCCGGCGGGACUGCCCCUGGCUUUUUUUUCCUGGGGAAGAUCAUACUGGAUCAUAUUGUUUGCAGGACGUUGUUCCUCCUGCAGCCCCCCAAGUCUAUCCCGACGUAGUUGUGAAUUGAACAUGGCGACUGUACCAGUGUAUUGCAUCUGCAGAUUACCUUACGACGUGACCCAGUUUAUGAUCGAGUGCGAUGCUUGCAAGGACUGGUUCCACGGCAGCUGCGUUGAAGUGGAUGAAGAUGACGCACCAGAUAUCGACAUAUAUCACUGUCCAAACUGUGAGAAGACCCAUGGCAAAUCCACAUUGAAAAAGAAAAAGAAUUGGAGCAAACAUGACACGGGGCAGAGCACAGAUAUCAAGGCUGUUCAAAAUGGCAGUCAGGUUUUCAUCAAGGAGCUUCGCAGUCGCACAUUCCCAAGUGCUGAUGACGUGGUGGUGAAACUGGGCGGCGGUCAACUCAACAUGCAUUACCUGGAGGACAACGGCUUCAACGACCCAGUCCUGGUUCAGAAGAAAGAUGGCCUGGGUUUGUCCAUGCCUGCUCCCACCUUUUACAUCAGUGACGUGGAGAACUAUGUUGGUCCCGACGUCGGCGUGGACGUCGUGGACGUCCCCAAACAGACUGACAGCACGAUGAAGCUGAAAGAAUUUGUGGACUAUUACUACAGCACAAACAGAAAGAAGGUGUUGAACGUCAUCAACCUGGAGUUCUCAGACACGAGGAUGAACAGCAUCGUGGAGAGUCCUCAGAUUGUGCGCCAGUUGUCUUGGGUAGAAAAUUACUGGCCCGACGAUGCGCUGCUCGGGAAGCCAAAAGUCACCAAAUACUGUCUCAUCUGUGUCAAAGACAGCUACACAGACUUCCACAUCGAAUGUGGGGGCGCUUCAGUCUGGUACCACAUCCUGAAGGGAGAGAAGAUCUUCUUCCUCAUCAAGCCCACGUCUGCCAACCUCUCUCUGUAUGAGCGCUGGAGGUCAUCGUCCAAUCACAGCGAGAUGUUCUUCGCUGACCAGGUGGACAAGUGUUACAAAUGCACUCUGAAGCAAGGCCAGACUCUGUUCAUCCCAUCAGGUUGGAUCAAUGCAAUACUGACCCCAGUCGACUGUCUGGCGUUCUCCGGACACUUUGUCCACAACCUGAGUGUGGAGAUGCAAAUGAGAGCGUAUGAAAUCGAGAAGCGGCUCAAGGUCAAAACGCUCACCCCCUUCCCCAACUUUGAGACGGCGUGCUGGUAUGUGGGACGACAUCUCCUCGAGCGAUUCAAAGGUUUACAUAAAGCAAAUAAGCAGCCAGCUCCAUAUCUGAUACAUGGUGCCAAAAUCAUUAAUGGAGCCUUCAGAGCUUGGACUAAAAAGCAGGCCCUCUUGGAACAUGAAGAUGAGCUUCCAGAGAACAUGAAACCAUCACAGCUCAUUAAGGAUCUUGCCAAAGAGAUCAGACUGUCAGAGAAUGCAACAAAAGCCAUUAAGAGUGAACCCAACAUCAAGGUGCCAGUGGAGGAACCACCAUCCACCCACUCCGAGCCUGAGGAGCCCAUUUCCCCGGCUCACGUUCCGUCACCCAGCAGAGAGAAAGUACGAAAGAAGUCCUCCAAACCGCCCAAGCCUCCCAAACCCCCAAAGAUGCCCAAGGCCCCGAAGCCUCCGAAGGUGCCGAAGGUCAAAGAAGGAGGAAAGAAGAAAGCGAAAAAAGCAAAAGAGCCGUCGCCGUCGCCGCCUCCUAAACCCUCCAGCUUCGCCGCUCUCGAGUCCCACGCGAAGGAAAUCUUGAGUAAAAUGGACCAGCCGAAAAAGAUGAAGGCUGUUAAAAAUGUCCUGAGUACAUCAGAGAAGGAAAUAUCCAAGCAGAAUAAUGUGGAGAAGUUUGAAAUCCGAGAGCAGAAUAAAAACAAGACUGAAGCAAAAUGGAAGUAUAAGAACAGCAAACCUGACUCCCUGCUGAAAAUGGAGGAGGAGUGCAAAUUUGACAGAACACCUCUGUCAAGUAAUAAAGACAAAUUCAGCUUCACUGUAUCUCACAAGAAAAUGCUCGGCUCCAAGAUGCUGAAACCUCAGACCAACUCAAGUGUUUUUGGUUCAUUACAAAACCUAAAAGAGGACAAAAGCAAGCCAGUGAGAGAUGAGUAUGAGUACGUCUCAGAUGAGGGGGAGCUGAAGAUUGACGAAUUCCCCAUCAGGCGAAAAAAGAACACAGUGAAGAGAGAUCUUUCCUUCCUGUCAGAUCUCAGAGAGCCCAUACAAGCAGCCAAAAAACCAAAGUUUCAACCCUUGGUGUCUAAGAGCGCUGACUCCUCAGAUGAGGAGACUCUGCACAUAGACACAGAAGCCAAGCCUGAGGUCAAAGGUCGCAACUCUAAGGUCAAGAAAAAGGGCACCAGCGCUGCAGGGAUUCUUGACCUGCUGCAGGCGAGCAAGCAAGUGGGUGGGAUUGACUACAGCACCAACAGUCAGCCACCUGCAUCUCCCAGCACACAGGAGGCCAUUCAGGGCAUGCUGUCCAUGGCCAACCUGUCCUCUUCAGACAGCUUGCAGCAGCCGUGGAGCAACAGCCAGUCCAAAAACAAUAGAGACGUGAAGAGCAACGCGUACAGCUCGCAGGUCAGCAAGAAGGGCAGCGGAGGGGCCGGCGGCGGCGGCGGCGGCAACAGCAGCAAGCGGCCAACCAAGCGCCUCCCGAAGAAACCCAGGAAAAGCAGCAGCAUUGAGAGUCUGGAUUACGACGACGACGAGCAGGAUCACAUGGACGCAUGUUUCAAGGACUCAGAUUAUGUUUACCCCUCCCUGGAGUCCGAAGAGGAUAAUCCUGUUUUCAAGUCUAGAUCGAAAAAACGGAAAAGCAGUGAUGACACUCCAUACAGCCCGACAGCCCGCGUCGGACCUUCAGUCCCUCGACAAGAGCGGCCGGCAAGAGACGGAGCUCGUGUGGCGUCCAUAGAAACAGGACUGGCCGCAGCCGCUGCCAAGCUUUCACAUCAGGAGGAGCAACAGAAAACCAAGAAGAAGAAGAAAAGCACCAAAAAGAAGGCAAUAGUAAUGGAGGAACCCCCCAAAAUCUCUCAGGACAGUAGCUCGCCGGAACACAAUCUGGACUCCCAAGAUGGCAGCCUGACAGACCACGAGUUCAACACUGGAACGGUCAAGUCGCCGGGGGGGCCGCAGCCCAUGGCACCGGGAGUCUUUCUCAGCCAGAGGCGACCGUCCUUGUCCUCUCCCCACAACAGCACCAACUCCACGAGCACCAACAGCAGCGGCGUGGUGAAGGGAGACCGUGUGGGGGCAGCAGAUGCCAAAGCGAAGCGGCUAAAGAAAGGCAUGGCAACAGCCAAACAAAGACUUGGAAAGAUUUUAAAGAUCCAUCGAAAUGGAAAGCUCCUCCUGUAGUAUGCAGCAGACUGUUGUAGGACUGGGAAUUCAUGAGCUGGGUCCCAUCCCAACCUCACCCCCCCACCACCACCCCCAACCCCCACAACCCCCCAUUCACUGAGUAAAGCCAACAAUGGAAAAAAAAAACACACAAAAAAACAAAAAAACUGAAAUAAGACGGGAGAAGAAGAAAGAAAAUCAUGCAUUUUUUCAAUUUCUAAGAAGAACAUCGCUCAAAAAUAGGUUUUUGCCUCUACUUACUUUAUAACUUUCAGAUAUUAAAGUGUACAGAACCUACUAUAAAUAUUUUUUCAGAGAACAUGUCAUUUUACUACAGCUGUCAGUUUAUCAGGGGUUGCUAAAACAUGAAGUAGAAGUACAUUGCAGUCAUUCCAAGAUUUCUGAAAGUAUCCCUUGCAUGUAUUCACUUGCAUGUGUGCUUUGGCCAGGGUUUGGGGAUUUUUUUACACAUUAAUUCUAUACUAUAUGGAUGCAGCUUAUCAUUGCGACACUGGUGAACAGCGGCGGGCGAGGGCCAAGAUUCCCCCGCGUGUUGUCUAGCAUGGUUGUGAUUGGAGUCAACUCGAGCAUUUAUCCCUUUAUUAUGUUAAUACUCAACAUUCGCAGGGCACCGUCAGCACUGAUAUUUAUUUAUUCGUGUUGUGUGUCGUCGAUAGGAAAACGAGAGGGUCACGCAACAAUUGUAAAGCACAAAGUGAACCGCGGGUAAUUGGCGUCCGGAUGUUUUCCGCGUAUUUAAAGGAUGACAUACGCGUGCGUACAUACGUGGCUGUGAGGACACGAGGAGCAUAGGAAUGCUGACACUACGUGGGACCUGUAGCGAAUGAUAAGCCUCAUCCAUGUCAGGUCUGCAGUUGCAUGGGGAUACUUUCGCUCUUCUUUUGCUUUCGCAGGCAGCACCGACAACUUAAAGAGUCUCCUCUCUGCAUUUUUACAGCUUCACACAGUGCAGUAUAUAGAAUGUAGCCUGUACAUAGCCUUUUAAAUGACUACUUUUUCUAUCUUUUUUCCUUAAGGCUUAAUUCUACAUUUUUACCAGUUUUGCUAAUUAUGAGUAAAUGA